AUGGACAAUACCGGCAUCUCUGUCAAUCUCCCUCUUCCCGUGUGCGGUACUUCGGGCAAGGACAUCGAGAUCAAAUUCGACACCCAAUAUACAGGUGUAGAGGACGCCGCCGAGUUCGUCAACACAUUGCUGCAUAGGUCCCACGCCAGAUAUCACGAAGCCAAGGACACAGAGCAGCAGCGUCCAAAGCGACAUAGAACUGACGAGAGUUUUGACCUCGAGCGACGGCGGGCGGGAGCCAAUGAAGCAAUUGUCUUCCGCAUUAAUGGCGCUCAGUCAACUUCUCAGUUCCGAAUCAAGAGGAGUGAUCAAUUCAAGCGAAGCCUGGAGCUUUUUGCCGAGCAGAACAACAAGCAGUAUGAGAAUUUGAAGCUAUUCUAUGAUGGGCGUUGGGUUCCUGCACAGAGUUCUCCUGCUGAUGUGAGUGAGUCGUUGAUACUAUGCAAAGGCGAAGACUGA